UCAGUCUUCGUUGGGAGUUGCUAGGCGGAGGGCCGAAAAGACGUGCGUUGCCCUUUCGGAUUUCUGGAUUACCGGUUUCAACCAUACAUUUGUGGAAUUGUAUCCUUGCUGCUAAGAAACGACAGCAUUCGUCAAAGGAGGCACAGGAAUAAAAGGUGCACAGUGACUCCACAACUUCACAGAAUCUGCCUCGUAAUAACUGUCCAGAGAAUCCUGCAGCCAUGGGGAACCAGUUUACCGAGAUUGCUCCCAACACUCCCUUUUUACCAAAUUUCCAGUCCUUGCACGUGGUAAUCAUCGGCCUGGACUCUGCGGGCAAGACCUCACUGCUCUACCGGUUGCAGCUGCGCGAGUUUGUCAACACCAUCCCCACCAAGGGCUUCAACAUGGAGAAGAUCAAGGUUGUGGUGGGCAACUCGCGGGCCACCACCUUCCAGGUGUGGGACGUGGGCGGGCAGGAGAAGCUCCGCCCACUGUGGAAGUCGUACACGCGGCGGACAGACGGGAUGGUCUUCGUGGUGGACUCGGCCGAGGCCGAGCGCAUGGAGGAGGCCAAGGUGGAGCUCCACAAGAUCACGCGCACCUCGGAGAACCAGGGCGUGCCCGUGCUGUUGCUGGCCAACAAGCAGGACCUGCCCUCCGCGCUGUCGGUGCCCGAGGUGGAGAAGGCCCUGGCGCUACACGAACUGAGCCCGUCCACGCUGCACCACGCCCAGGGCUGCAGCGCCGUCGAUGGCCAGGGACUUCAGCCCGCUCUGGAGAAACUGUACGAGAUGAUCCUCAAGAGGAAAAAGAUGCUCAGGCACAGCAAAAAGAAGAGAUGAGCGUUGCACUGCUCCCAACCAGGAAGGGUUGCCGAAAAAAUUGACUCCUUUCGCUGUGGCUGAAGGUUCUUUUGAAAGGAAGGAGUCCCCAAAAGAACGCUUUCUGAUGGUCACUGGGGCAGGACCGGUAGAUGUGUCUUUCGGAGCACACAGCACUGAACUGAUAUCCCUAGGGAAGUAGUUGCCAUGCAACAGUCCCUUGUUAUCCAAGGACCGUGUGAUUGCUGAAGCAGGCUGUGGCAUCAGCCCAGUUUUGCCCAGGAAGUCUGAAGGAUUCCUCCCUUUGUUCAUAUCCCCUCCCUGAACAGCCGAGUUGAAGUUCAUAAUUUGGCAAAGUCAGUGAUUUUUGCUGAAUUACAAGAAAGCCUAUCCAGGUUUGCUGUGGUGCUGUGCUGAGAUGGCACCAGCAUGAGACUGAAUUCUGGUUCUACUCACAGAGGAGAGAGAGGCCACACUGGCUAUGUGAACCACCACAGUUAUUUAGUCUUUUGCGUAAUUUCUGUGGUGAAAACUUGUCACACCGCAGAAUUCAAGUUGUAGCCAUAAUAAUGGAAGUGUUUUUACAGACUGUACAUAUUCUUUUUUGUAAUGCUUAAAAGUUAAUAAAUUAUUGAAGACUGAUACGA